AAGAAGCCACCAUCUAGUCAUUUUCCUACAGUAUACGUAUACAUUUCAUUUGUUGCUUAUUGAUUCAUGAUGACUACCUUGUCCGUUUUUGUAUUUGCUGGUAUGUUAAUAUUGACAUACCUUGAAAUAAUAGAGGCACUCUCUGUUGGAGUGUGUUACGGGAGAAAUGGGAAUAACUUACCAUCAGCUCAAGAUGUUGUAAAUCUUUAUAAAGCAAAUGGCAUAACAAACAUGAGAGUAUAUGAUCCAAUUCCUGAAACACUUACUGCUCUCAAGGAAAGUAAUAUAGGCAUCAUUCUUGACAUUCCAAAUGAAAAUCUUCAAGCAUUGACAGAUCCUAAAGCAGCUACAGAUUGGGUCAACGCCAACAUUAUGAGUUAUUCCUCAAAUGUCAAGUUCAAAUAUAUAAGUGUUGGAAAUGAAAUAUCUCCUGGCAAUGUUGCAAAAGCCAAAUUUGCUCCAUUCCUUCUUCCUGCAUUGCAAAAUGUGCAACAAGCCAUAACGACAUUUCAUCUGCAGGAUCAAGUGAAGGUCACAACAAGUAUAGAGACCGGGAUGUUAACAAGUACAUACCCACCGUCUCAUUCAGUGUUUCGCAACGAUGCUAUCAGUUUCAUCAAACCGAUCAUUGAGUUCUUGAAACAGAAUCAAUCGCCUUUGCUGGCAAAUAUUUAUCCAUAUUAUGGUUAUAAAGCCAACCCUGAUCGUAUUCCACUCCCUUAUGCACUUUUUACACAACAAAAACCCGACCCAUCGGGCUAUCAAAAUCUAUUUGAUGCUAUGUUGGAUGCAGUAUAUUAUGCAGUUGAGAAAGCUGGUGGAGAUAACAUAGAGAUUGUUGUUGCUGAAAGUGGAUGGCCAUCUGAUGGUGGUGGUGUUGGAGUAAGUAUGGAUAAUGCUGCGACUUAUUAUAGGAAUUUGAUCAGUCAUGUGAAGUCAACAUCAGGAACUAUACACAAGCCCGGAAAGGCUAUAGAAACUUAUUUGUUUGCUAUGUUUGAUGAAAAUGUGAAGAUAGGAGGAGAGACUGAGAAGCAUUUUGGAGUGUUCUAUCCUGAUAAAACUCAGAAGUAUAAUCUUACCUUCUAGUUUAAUUACAGCAGUUUAAUUUCAUUUAUGUAUUUAAAGAACAUGAUGCUAAAUUUAUGAUUUUUAAAGGAUUUGCUGGUUAAAA